CUAUCCUCAUCACCACCAUUUUCACUUUCAACCUCUCUUCUCAUUCAAACUUUUAUUAUCUUAUAAUAAUAAGAAACGUAUUUUUCUCCAAAUGGCAAUCAAAAAAUCAUCAAACAAACUUCCACAAACAGCAGUUUUGAAGCAAAUUCUCAAAAGAUGUUCAAGUUUGGGCAAGAAACAAGGGUAUGAUGAUGAAGAUAGGCUUCCGUUCGACGUACCGAAAGGCCAUUUUGCAGUUUACGUUGGUGAAAACAGAAGUAGAUACAUAGUUCCCAUAUCUUUCUUGUCUCACCCUGAAUUCCAGUGCCUUCUUCGUCAAGCCGAAGAAGAAUUUGGAUUCGAUCAUGAUAUGGGACUCACUAUUCCUUGUGAAGAAGUUGUUUUUCGAUCUCUAACGUCAAUGCUUCGAUGAAAACAUGAAUUUGUUUGAAGAGAGAUGAACAAGAUGAAACUGAAUUGUUUUGCCUUUUUUUUAACAUCUUUCUUAUUUAUGGCCGGUUUGAUUUAUUUUUCUCUUCUUUUUAGCCCAUUUGGGUGUUUGUAUUUUUUUCUAGUGACCCUAACCCCAAAACCCAUGAAUAUUUUCUGGGUUAGAUUUGUAAAACGUAUGUAAAUUUUCCUCGUAGAGGUGUUUCACUACACGCUGUGAGAGAUCUUAAUUAAUGUUAAGACAAUUUGCAAUGUUAAUGUUUAUUCAUUUUUGACAA